AUGUCAGCCCAACCGUCCUCAUUACCAUCGUCAUCAUCAAAUGAGUAUAUCUCUAAAGCCAAGAGCUUAAUAUCAGAAUACCCAUAUUUGAUGCUUUCAAAAUCUUGGUGUCCCGAUUGUCAUUACGUUUACAAUUUAUUCCAACAAUUGGGCAUAUACGACAAAUUACACAUCAUCGAAUUGGAUCAAUUCAAAGACCAAGAUGAAGCAACUGCUUUGGAAAACGCAUUCACCGAAAUCGUUGGCAAGAAAUGGGUACCGCUGUUGUUUUUCCAAGGCAAAUAUUGGGGUAAUGAACAAGAUUUGAAAAAUUUACGUAAACAAGGACAAUUGGAAUCAGAGUUGAAGAAAUUGAACUUACUUGUAUAG